AUGCAUUCAAUUCUCACGGCCAACAGCAACGGUAACACUCCAACGCACACACAAAAGGACAUCCAACCCUGUGAAACAGUUUCUGACAGAUUUGAGACCUACCAGCUCGACCUUACCCCCAGGAUCAGCUAA